AUGAUAAUUUGAAUAAUAAUGGCAGGAGUUCUUGGCUCAGCUACACCAACAGCAAAGUUCAAGCUUGUGUUUUUAGGGGACAUUUAUACAGGGAAGACUUCAAUCAUCAACCGCUUUAUGAAUGAUACGUUUGAUGCGAAUUAUCAAGCUACAAUUGGCAUUGAUUUCUUAUCAAAAACCAUAUAUCAUGAAAACCAGGCCAUCAGACUACAGUUAUGGGACACUGCAGGACAAGAGAGAUUUCGAAGCUUAUACCAUUUUAGGAUAAUAAAUAACCAUAUGCAAAUCUUAUUAAUUUAUAUAAAAUAAAUAUGGCACAGUAUAUACUAUAUUAGAAUAAGUUUAAUAUUAUUACCUAAUUAUUAAUAAUAUUUCAGCCAUAUUUAUAUAUAUUUUUUAUAGCCAAUAUUUAAACUUGUGUAUCAUAAUUCCAAAUUAUAUAAGAGAUUCAUCAGUCGCUAUCAUUGUUUUUGAUGUGACCAAUAAACAAACAUUUUUAAGCAUUGACAGAUGGGUUCAAGAUGUCAGAAGCGAAAGGGGAAAAGAAGCAUUAAUUGUAAUCGCAGGGAAUAAAAUGGAUAAGGUCGAAGAAAGAAUUGUCAGCUAUGAAGAAGCUUCAGAAAAAGCAAAAGCCCAUGAAGGACUAUAUGUGGAAACGAGCGCCAAAACGGGGGAUAAUAUAAGCCAACUUUUUAAGCAGAUUGCGACGUCAUUGACGAAUGGGAAACCGACAGUCACAGCUCAGCCGAAUACACCAGAGCAAAGGAUUGUGUUGACGAAUCCUCCGCAAAAUCAGACUAAUGAAGCAGCAAGGGCUCAAGAUAAGAAAAAUUGUGCAUGCUAA